ACGCUCGGCUUAAUAGAUAGAGUAAAGUGGGGGCAGGGGGGGAGAAGAAACUGGACGACAAGGAGAUCCCAAAACCAGAGUCUCAGACCUUAAGCUUCGCAUCUCUCUCUCCCCUUCUCUUGUCGUUGACUUUAUCCACAAGUCAAUUCCAUAAACCCUCCCCCGAGGAUUCUUAAAUCCUCUCUCUCUCUCUCUAUCUCUCUCUCACAUAGAUCAAAUCAUCUUCUCCUCUCCGAUCCAUGAUGACACCAUGCCACUUUCUCUUCCUCUUAUUAUCGCUACUACUGUCACCAUGGACAUCUUCACUCGCCGCUGAAUCCUCCAAUCUUAUCUCCCUAUACGGACGAGCCGCUACCAGAUCGCUCCUGUCUUCUGAAGAACCGAACACGGAGCUCGUCGUUGACCUCUCAGGGAAAGUGUCCUUGAUAAUGCACCCAUCCAACAAACCAAUCUGGUCUUUUUCAUCCGGAUCUCCCAUCCAUUCCUCUUAUCAGGCUCCCCUAACUGUUGUCAACAACACAGACAACGCCACUGAGUUAAGCAAACCCUUCGUUAUCGAGUACAUAGAAAACUCAGAGGUCGUCACCACGGCUGAUGAUGACGAUGUCUAUACCAGAAAGACCAUGGAGGAUUUGCUCACGGAGAUGCCGCGCGUGACUGAUGAUGGUCUCACUCUCGGCUCCAAAACAUCUACGACCUACUUGGUUGAUGCCUUAUCAGGGAGGCUGCUCCAUGUUUAUAAAACCACACAGUCAUCAUCUUCCGGAGAUAAUAAUAAUAAUAAGAACAAUAAUGUUAUGGUGAAGCCCACUAGCGCUGACGAUUUGGUCAACCUGCAGCUUCUCAUCACGCGGACAGACUCCAAGCUCGAGCAUUUCGAUAAGACCUCCUCGCAGAAGCCUGUGUGGAACGUGACGGUUUCUCGCUUCCGAGCUGACUUGCGCUGUGAUCUCGCUUUCAAUAAAGACAACAAGAACCUCGGUCCUGAGAUCCUCACUGGUGUCUAUAUGCCUUUGCGGUGUGGUGGUGAUCACACUGACAUCCGUGCGCUUGUUGGGUCGGGAGUUUAUAUCAGGGUGCCUCGGGAUCGGCAAGUGGGAGGAAAUGAAGAAGCGAGAAUGCUGCUGCCCUCUGCAGCAGCAACCAGAGAGUCAAGGAAGUUAUGGGAACGUGAUGUGUUUGCCAAAAGCUUCGGAUGGUCGCCUGUGAAGUUAUUGGUCCCUUUGUUUGCUCUGUGUGCUGUUGUUGUUAUCUCUGUUCUUUUAAAAAGAUCUUCCUCGAGCGGUGGUGAUUUGAAUUCGAAGUCUGGACCUUCCAGAAAGAAGAAGAACCGUAAGUCAAGGCAGUCAGAGUUCGAGCUGAUUGAAGGAGGUGAAAUGCUGCUAGGUUUCAGUGACACUCUAGCUGAUGGGAGAAAGAUUGGUAAGCUGUUUGUAUCGAACAGAGAAAUUGCAAAGGGAAGUAACGGGACUGUGGUGUUUGAGGGUGUUUACGAAGGCCGGGCAGUAGCUGUGAAACGGCUUGUUAGAUCCCAUCACGAGGUUGCUUUCAAGGAGAUUCAGAACCUCAUCGCAUCUGAUCAACACUCCAACAUCAUUAGGUGGUACGGUGUGGAGUAUGACAGGGAUUUUGUUUACCUUUCUCUGGAGCGUUGUGCAUGCAGUUUAGAUGAUUUGAUCAAAACCUGUUUAAAUGUCUCUAUGACUACUAAAGCAUUGGGAAACAGCGGAUCUACGGAAGGUGUAGCUGCGUAUGAGAUCAAAGUGGAGGAUUCUUUGGAGGGAGUUGUGGAAGGAAACAGUUUGUGGAAAGUGGGAGGCCACCCGUCUCCUCUCAUGCUAAAACUAAUGAGAGAUAUAGUUUUUGGGCUUGCUCACUUGCAUGAAUUGGGAAUAGUUCACCGGGACUUGAAACCACAAAAUGUAUUGAUAAGUAAAGGGAUGAGUUUGAGUGCAAAGCUUUCUGACAUGGGCAUUAGCAAGCGUCUAACUGGGGAUAUGUCAUCCUUGGGUCAUUUUGCCACAGGUUGUGGUAGUUCUGGUUGGCAAGCACCAGAGCAGCUUCUUCAAGGCCGCCAAACACGAGCUGUGGACAUGUUUAGUUUAGGAUGUAUCCUCUUUUACUCCAUAACUGGUUGUAAGCAUCCGUAUGGAGAUGAUCUUGAACGUGAUGUCAACAUCGUGAAGAACAAAGUUGACUUAUUUCUAGUAGAGCAUGUUCCUGAAGCUUCAGACCUGAUCUCUCGUUUGUUGAAUCCAAACCCUGAUUUGCGUCCUAGUGCAACAGAAGUAUUGCUCCAUCCAAUGUUCUGGAACUCAGAGAUGAGACUGUCUUUUCUCCGGGAUGCUAGUGACCGAGUAGAGCUUGAAAACAGAGAGGCUGAUUCUGAGAUCUUGAAAGCAAUGGAGAGUACAGCUCCAGUGGCUAUAGGAGGGAAGUGGGAUGAAAAGCUAGAGCCUAUCUUCAUUACUAACAUCGGACGAUACAGGCGUUACAAAUAUGACAGUAUUCGUGACUUGUUACGUGUCAUCAGAAACAAAUUGAAUCAUCACCGAGAGCUUCCUUCAGAGAUCCAGGAACUUGUUGGAACGGUUCCAGAAGGAUUCGACGAGUACUUUACUGUUCGGUUUCCGAAAUUGCUGAUUGAAGUCUACAGAGUCAUCUCAGUACAUUGCAAGGAGGAAGAAGUAUUCAGAAAGUACUUCAAAUGCAACAACAUAUAAAUAACCAACUGGCUUUCCAGCCUGUUUGUGAUCCAUGUUUGUUAUUGCUAUAUGCCUAUAUGUUACAUAAAUUAACUGCUUAUCUAAAAUUACUUGCAACAUACAUUACUAAUCUAUGUAUAUGUAUCUCAUGUAAGAGUUGUGUAUCAUCACAUGACAUUCUGCAACAAAAUAAGAUUUGUAUAUUUUAAUA